AUGAGCAGUGGUCGACUGUUUCUAUGAGUUAAUGACUUUGAUUCUUACUGUAACCAGCUGCUGUCUCUCUCAGUUCCUCUUUAUUUUUCACAUUUUCAUGCCAAGGUGACCAAUAUCAUGAUGCGGCCUUUGAAAACCUGGCAGAAGAUGAGUGCAUCUGAUUGGUCCAACCUGACUCUUCACCUGGAGAACUCCCUGACCAGUGCUUUGAGCCAUUACCUGGACAGCUGGAGGCGUAAUGCGACAGCUGCAGCCGACGCUCUGGAUAAGACUCUGGCUGAGGAGAACUUCAGGAACGUCAUCUGGUAUCUGGCAGUGAUGAUCGGCAUGCUGGCCUUCAUUAUUGUGGCCAUCCUGGUGAGCACAGUCAAAUCCAAGAGGGGGGAGCACUCUAAUGACCCCUACCACCAGUACAUCAAGGAGGAAUGGACUGCUCAACAGGGUGACGUUGUCACCAACUAUGGAGCUAGAUAAUGCAAGAUUCACAGCAGAUCAUCGUUAUCAUCAGGUACGGCCGAGACAGUGGGGCCAGGUGUCAGUCACCGUAUGCAAAGCAACAGAAUGAACAUUAUAUUCAGAAGCUUUUUAUAGAAAAUAAUAGGUGUAAUCCCUUUGUAAUCACAAACAUUUUGAUUAGCAACUGUAAUUUAAUCACAUUUUUUUUCCUCUGUAAGGGAUUACAAUUAUAUUUAUUUUUUAAUUUAAUCACAUGACUUGCUGUUGCUAAUCAGAAUAAUAAAGUCUACUCAAUAUUGUACAUCUAACUUGUGCUUAGCUCUUUAAACCUCUAGAUAUUAUAGACAUUAUAACACUACAGACUAACAUCAAUAAUACCUUUUUGCCAUAGGCCUGUCAGAUGAACUCAAGUACCCUGUUACUGACACCACCUGUGAUCCUCCAAAUGUGCUCGUUCUCUGACAUGUUUGUGACAUAUGAACCUUCUAGGACCCUGGGGACAUUUGGGGCUGGCCUACUGACCGUCCCAAAGGUCAGAGCAAAACACAGUGAAGCAGCGUUUUGUUAUCAUGCAGCACAGUGUUGUUAGACAAGCCCCGACUCUGACCACUUUUAGGUCAAACCUAUAAACAUUUCUUUUUUUACGCUGCCUACUCACUCAAAUUUAAAUAAUCUCUUUAUCUUUGUGCCUCUUGUCUGCACUUUUGCCAUUUUUAAUAGUGAUUUAAAAAAAAUUGUAAAUCAUUUAGUAAGUAAUUUGACCUUUUAUAUAAUAUACAUUUUUUUCCUCAUUACUCUUGUCUGUAUCCUCUGUAAAUCACUUUAUAUUGCCCUUGUGUAUGAAAUGUGCUGUACAAAUAAAGCUGUCUUGCCUUGCCUAAAUUAAUUAAGAUUUUGAUGUUAUUUAACACUGCUGAUUAUAUAAAAGUGAAUGUUGUCACUAUAAAGUUUCAUAGUGAUCAUAAUAUAAUAAUAUUUAAAAGGGCUGAAUUCCAUUUUUUCUUCAGUUCAAGGGCCCUGGUAUUGUCUCACUCACUGUCUUGGACACUUAAAUAUGGAAGCGAAUCAUGACUAAUAUUUAAAUUAAAAUGUAUUUGCAGAAAUGCUUUUUCAUUUUAAGAAUGUGGCUGCAUUAUUUGACUCAUAAAUAAAAUUAAUCAUCAAUCAUCCUAUUUGCAUUUUAAUUUUCUUCUUCAAGACUGCUCAUUCUUUUACUUAAUUAAAAUGAAAAAGAAAAAGUCAUUUGAGAUUUCAUUUUCAAAAUAUGCCCCAGCAAAUAGAUACCAAAAUUCAAUUUGAAAUGUAAAAUUUGAAAAUUAAAAUGCAUUUGCAGAAGUGCUUUUUCAUUUUAAGAAUG